AUGGCUGGAGAGAAAAUUUCAGGAUAGGGGAAACGCAAGUGCUAACCAAGAUGUCAAGAGCAUUAGUUUAAUCUCAAUCCAAAAAAUUAAAAGUGUUGGUUUAAGUCACCCACUAACAUAGAUUUCUGUCCCUUGUACAACGAUGCUCUGGCCUGUUUUGAAAAUAUCGUUCCAGUCUUUAAUUAAGAUGAACAACAAUGUUUGCCCGGUUUCAUUUUAGAAGUGGACAGAAAUGACUACUUGAGGAGCAUGCAAAAAUACAAAGAAGAUCAUCAAAGAAAGAUCCAAGAAUAUACGAUGAAGAAGACCAAAUUGUAAAUUCCAAAACCCGGCCGCAAGCAUAGGUAUUGUGGAGUGUGUCGUAAACCUUAUUAAGAUUAUUUGGAACAUAUAAAAUCUUCGGAUCACAUAAAUUGCUUUAACAGACAUGAUUUUGUCCAUGUGAUACUCAAAAUAAUAGAUGAAGAUUAUAAAUCAAGAGAUGAAAAUAAAAAUUAAAACGAUUCCAGCACUUACCCUGCCAAAGUCGUGAUGCCUAAAAAAAGGGGUCCAAAGCCAAAAGUUCAAGUGGAACAAGGAGAACCUAAAAAGAGAGGAAGAAAACCUCUUGAACCUCAGCCCGCAAAGCGAAUUAAAACCCAACAAAUGAGGGAAGUUAUGAUCCCAGUUAGACAAUAACAACCUCAUCCUCCUCCACCUCCACAGCCAUUCUUUCCUUAGCCAUACUACUUUCAAUACCAUCCUUUGAAUUAGAUGAUUCAAUAUGGGGCAUUGCAAAUACCACCACAAUUUCGUGUUGGUUUCCCGUUCCAAAUGCCAGUUGUCUCAGAUAUGUAAAUGGAAAUGAAAUGCGAAGAUAUGAAUGGCAAAAUAGAGGAUCGUCCUCAAUUUGAUUGAAUAUUAUAAUAAUUAUUAUAUUUCAACACCUAAAUAAAACCAUCCUAAA